CGCUGCACAGGAGCAGGGCGCCAUGCGGCAAACCAGCCCAGGGACGCGAGAGCUACACAUAACAGUAGUCGGAAUAAAUAGUGAAGUAAACAUUUUUUCUUGGAAGUGGAGAGAUAGCAAGGGGAUCUGGUAUGUCUUUCCUGUAGUGAAAAGCAGUGGGAUGGCUGGUUCCUGAGUGAGAGGAGCUCUGGGUGUUCUGAGAGAGCUGCUGCAGUCUGGGACGAGCCAACAGAUAGAAAACAGGAUUCAUCCCAGCCACUAGCAGGACAAGGCAGAGGGAAAGAGGCACAAGUUCUACACAGGAAAGCAAAAAGAAACAAACAGUAGCCUAGCUCACAGAGACGAGACGCAUGUGUGCGCACACACAGGCUGAAGCAGGAGGGGGUGUGGAGAGGACGGCUUGCAGUGACGUCAGAGCUUUCCUGCACCUCCUAGCAAUUGGCCCAGGGGCCUGCCAGUCAGGAGACUUCCUCCUCAGGUGUGACACCAGAAGAGGAAGAUGAUGAACGCACCCGCCAGUCUCUGCCUGUCCUCUACCUCGCUCCCUUCGAGCCAGGUGUACAUCAGUGCCGGAGCAGGAUCUUCUUCCCUGGGAUUGGCAAUGAUGGGCUCACAAGGGAACACACCUCCAGGAUUCCCACCUCCUGACUUUGGGACAGCUAUGGGACCCGGGGGGCUCAUGUCCCCUGUUACCCCGUCCCCAGCCGGAGUCUCCUUCAUUAUUCAGAUUGGCUUGACCCGGGAAUCUGUCCUACUGCCCCAGUCCGCUGACCUGGCCUAUGUCAAGCAGAUGGCCUGCUCUAUAGUGGACCAGAAGUUUCCUGAGUGCGGCUUCUACGGGAUUUACGAUAAGAUCUUGCUCUUCAAGCAUGACACUGGCAGCAACAACAUCCUGCAGCUGGUGAAAACGGCUUCUGAUAUCCAGGAGGGGGAUCUGAUUGAGGUGGUUCUAUCCGCUGCUGCCACAUUCGAGGAUUUCCAGAUCCGGCCUCAUGCUCUCAAUGUGCACUCGUACCGCGCGCCGGCCUUCUGCGACCACUGCGGAGAGAUGCUGUUCGGCCUGGUCCGCCAGGGUCUCAAGUGUGAUGGAUGUGGGCUGAACUACCACAAGCGAUGUGCCUUCAGUAUUCCCAAUAACUGCACGGGUGCACGCAAGAGACGUUUGUCCACCACAUCUCUAAACAGUGCCCAGUCCCUGCGUCUGUCCACUUCUGAAUCUCUGUCCUCCAGUACCCCCACUGAAGACAGCCUGCCCCGGACUCCCAGUGAGGUAGGGACCCCGGCACGCCGCUUCUACUCAGGACGUCCCAUCCAACUGGACAAGAUGCUGCUGUCCAAGGUGAAGGUUCCCCAUACCUUCGCCAUCCACUCCUACACCCGGCCCACGGUGUGCCAGUACUGUAAGAGACUGCUCCGCGGGCUCUUCAGGCAGGGUCUGCAGUGCAAGGACUGCAAGUUUAACUGCCACAAGCGCUGUGCUUAUAAGGUGCCCAAUGAUUGCCUGGGAGAGACCAUCAUUAAUGGGGACAUGCUGAGCCCCAAUGUAGACCCUGAAGUGGUCAUGGACUUCACCAGUGAUUUUGGAGACUCUGACAAAUCCUCCCUCAUGGAUGACUCUGAUGACUCUGGAAUUAUCCCGGGAUCACACUCGGAGAACAAUUUCCCAGAGGACAGCCUAAGUGGAACCAGCUGUGACCAGAGUGCUAUGGGCUAUAUUCCUCUCAUGAGAGUGGUCCAGUCUGUGAGGCAGACGACACGCAAGUCGAGUACCACCAUCAAGGAGGGCUGGAUGGUCCACUACAGCAACAAAGACACACUGAGGAAGCGUCACUACUGGCGGCUGGACAGCAAGUGCAUCAUCCUCUUCCAGAAUGACACCACCAAUAAGUAUUACAAGGAAAUCCCUUUAUCAGAGAUCCUGGAGGUCAAAGCAGCAGAAAACUUCAGCCUGGUUCCUCCAGGCACCAGCCCUCACUGCUUCGAGAUCGUCACAGGCACCAUGCGCUACUUUGUGGGGGAGGAGCUCUCCCCCUGCCCUGCCGCCUCCAGCAGCAUCACUCCCAACAGUGGGGUGGGGAGGGACGUGGCCAAAGCCUGGGAGAUGGUCAUUCGCCAAGCCCUCAUGCCUGUCAUUUUUCAGGAUGCUCCCACUUCACAGGGACACCCCCCCCGCAGACAGGCCUCGGUCAGCAUCUCCGUGUCCAACAGUCAGGUCCAGGAGAAUGUGGACAUUGGCAUGGUCUACCAGAUCUUUGCAGACGAGGUGCUGGGAUCCGGCCAGUUCGGAGUGGUCUAUGGUGGAAAACACCGGAAAACUGGGCGUGAUGUGGCCGUGAAGGUGAUUGACAAGCUGCGAUUCCCGACCAGGCAGGAGAGCCAGCUGAGGAAUGAGGUUGCGAUUCUCCAGAGCCUACGCCACCUGGGCAUCGUCAACCUGGAGUGCAUGUUUGAGACGCCCGAGAAGGUGUUCGUGGUGAUGGAGAAGCUGCAUGGGGACAUGCUGGAGAUGAUCCUCUCAAGCGAGAAGGGCCGGCUGCCUGAGCGCCUCACCAAGUUCCUCAUCACACAGAUUCUGGCUGCUCUGAGACACUUGCACUUCAAGAACAUUGUGCACUGUGACCUGAAGCCUGAGAACGUGCUGCUGGCCUCAGCAGACCCCUUCCCACAGGUAAAGUUGUGUGACUUUGGAUUCGCCCGGAUAAUUGGCGAAAAGUCAUUCCGACGGUCAGUGGUGGGCACCCCGGCAUACCUGGCACCCGAGGUCCUUCUGAACCAGGGCUACAACCGUUCACUGGACAUGUGGUCAGUGGGCGUCAUCAUGUACGUCAGCCUGAGCGGCACCUUCCCCUUCAACGAGGACGAGGACAUCAAUGACCAGAUCCACAAUGCUGCCUUCAUGUACCCCCCGAACCCCUGGAAACACAUCUCUCCCGAAGCCAUUGAUCUGAUCAACAACCUGUUGCAGGUGAAGAUGAGGAAGCGCUACAGUGUGGACAAGUCCCUGAGCCACAUCUGGCUGCAGGACUAUCAGACAUGGCUGGACCUGCGGGAGCUGGAGUGCAAGCUGGGCGAACGCUACAUCACCCACGAGAGUGACGACAGGCGCUGGCAGCAGUUCGCCCAGGACCACACCCUGCCCUACCCCCCCCACCUCAUUGCCCCCCCGGCCGCUGGCAGUGACGACUCGGAUGACAGUGACAUGCAGGGGCUCACUGAGAGGGUCAGCAUCCUCUGAGCGCAGUGGCUCCGCGGGUCCACUGUGCCCCGCCCACCGCCUGUCUCUCUGGAGUUGUGACAUGCACAGAGGUGACAAAACCAGCCCUUUACAGGACUCGACCCUUCAAUGGGUCCACAGCAAAAGCCCAAUGGAUCUGCAAUCAUUCUGCAGAGGACUGAGCUCCAACACUCUCCUGUCUCCAAACAGUGACUUCUUGCAGCCGAAGAUGUCCCUCUAGUGAGAGGCCUGGCCAUGGUCUUUCCGUCCUCUCUCACACAUAGUGGCACAUCAGCAGCUUCAGAGCCACAGUCUAGUCAAACUUAUUCAAAUGGAGAAUUUCCUUUUAGCAUGGUGCUGUUAACUGUGAGAGGACACAGUUUUUCCAUAGCUGAUGCAUGGAAGGGCAGUUUGAUAUUCCUACAAAUACUACUGUCUAUAAACUUUUCUAAUUGGAAAAUCAUUGGGUUUCGUCAUUAUCCAGAGCUUGGUAACCCCAUUGGGAAAACAUGGGAAAGAACAAAGUAAAACCAUGAUCAAAUGCCGGAUUGCCACAGGGAGAGGCAGAACAACGUCUCAUGGACUGGGAGCAGAGGCCUCUUGUAGCCAGAGUGGGGGGAGCGUCCGUCCUGUACACUCCGCCCCAACUCCUCAGUCUGCUCACAGAGCAGGUCUGUCCACUGCUGCAGCUGCUUAUUCCCACGGCUCUUGGAAAAAUGCAGGAGAUGGGUUUUGCUUUUCAUGAAUGUGGACACUCCUGAACAGGAGCCUUUUAGGAGCACUUUUCCUCCACUGACACCCACAGAUACUGUAAUGACUUCCUUAAUUUCUCUUUUAUAAACAUUCAGCAAUGCACGACUAACUGGCUACCCUUUGUAUUCCAAUGUGGGAGGAGCUGGGCAAGUAUGAGAAACAUCAUUACUGUGGGGGUGUUGGUGGUCUAACUCUUCAUCCUCUAAGAAACUCCUGUAUGUAUAGUUCCCUCUUCUAAGCACACGCAGCCUUCAAUCACCCACUGCAGUGUUAAAAAAGUUCCUGCCUCAAAGUGAAAACAGAAAGUGAUGGCAGAGUCGUCUGGGUCUGUCCGACUCCAGUGGGCGACAUGGCACCCAGGUGCCAGUACAGGACUUCCAGUUUCACUGCAGUAUUGCAGCUUUGAUAGCAUUAAUAUAUUAAAUAUUAAUAUACACAAAAAGAGACCAGAAAAUCUUUCUUCAAGAUGCUCUCCAGAAAAACACAUCAUCCAUUGAUUAAUUCUAUGUAAUUUUGUCUGUAACUCCUUCAAAAAGGUUAUUUGGCUAGUGUAUGCAGGGAAGACUAUUGGCUUAUUGAAGCAUCAGGUGUAAAAAGCUCAGUUUCCAGAGAGCAAGCAACAUCUCCUCUUUGAAAUGCUUUCUGUACCUGUGUUAAUUUCUGCUGUUACACACUGCAUCUGUCUUAAAGAUCAUUCCUGCUGUAAGAGGAGAAGUGAUCUUCCCAGGCAGUAGAAGUGUGUGAAAGACUGGCUCCUUCAUGCUCUCUGUGGCUCCACAUGUCCUGUUCCAAUUUUUUCUGCGGCCUGCUUCCUGAAAAGGACAAAGAGGCUUGUCAAGCUUUUGCUCUGAAGUGGAAGAAAGUAAAGAAAGCACAGAACUACCUGCGUAAAUACAGAACUAAGAAAAAAAAAUAAUUGCAAGGGCUGUGAUUUCAAGACAUGACUGAGUACUUCUUGAAUGUUGUUUUGUUUUCUGGAGAACUGUGCUGUUAACAUGUGACUUUGGUGUAAUUUUAAAAAGGAAGGGACCCGCGUCUCCCUUGGAGCCAGUUUCCCAAUGACACCCCUAUGAUCUGAGAUCUCUCAGGAAGGCAUAAGAAUAGGCUGUCAGCCUUGCAGCCACAAGAGGGAGCUAUGGUGUGGUUUCCCAAACAGGCUUGUGUCCACAGUAGAAACUUAAAUGAGGUGGUUCUGUAAUUUUGUUUCUUAAUUAUACAGAAGUAGAUCCUACAAUAAAAACUGAUCAAAUAAUAA